UCUUCAAGUCUUCCUAUGGAGCCAAAACACAUUAUAUAAACACUAACAAAAAAACUCACAUAACACUCUAAGGCUUCUAGAGAAGAGAAAGAAAGGUCUUGUUGUAAUAAUCUUCUGUUUCAUCCUUCUCUUCUUCACUACUUGCUUUCUCUCUUACCACAUUUGUGUGUGUUUUUGUGUUCACGGGCUUGGUUGGAUUGAGAUCUAAGAUGGGUUUAUUCUAAGUUUUAUGUACUUUUGUUUUUGGGUUCUUGCGGGUGUUUGAAGUAAUAUACUUGUUGGGUUUAUAAGCUCUUCUUCACUGACAUUUCUGCUCUGCUAUUUCUUCCAUUGUUUCUUCUCACUUUUUUUAAUUUUUGUUUUUGUUUUGCUUACCAAAGAAGCAAAAGCCAUCCCAAUUAUAUUCUUACUCUUUUGACAAAGGAAGGUUCUUUAAAGUCCAUAUAGAUCUACUGAGAGUUUCUUCUCUCUCAGAAGACAAAAAACGACAAUCUUCACUGCUUCUAUACUCUUUCUCUUUUUGUUUUCCUUUGCUCUGUUCUUAUUUUUAUAGCUCAAAAUGGAGCGGUUAAGUUCGACAGCUAUUUUCCCAGACACAUUUGAAGGUGCCAGAGAUGACAUUGUAAGUCAAAUGGGAUUGGUUUGGGGUCAGAUCAAAGCACCAUUGAUUGUUCCUCUGCUACAGCUUGCUGUCGUUUUGUGCUUAAUCAUGUCGUUGAUGCUUUUCAUCGAAAGGGUUUACAUGGGAAUUGUGAUUGUUCUGGUAAAGCUUUUUGGCCGAAAACCAGAGAAACGUUACAAAUGGGAACCCAUUAGAGAUGAUGUUGAGCUUGGAAACUUAGCUUAUCCCAUGGUUUUAGUACAAAUUCCAAUGUACAACGAAAGAGAGGUUUAUCAACUCUCUAUUGGAGCUGCAUGUGGGCUUUCAUGGCCGUCUGAUAGAAUCAUCGUACAAGUACUAGACGACUCAACAGACCCCACAAUCAAGGAUUUGGUUGAGUUAGAGUGCCAAAGAUGGGCUAGCAAAGGUAUAAACAUUAAGUACGAAAUAAGAGACAGCAGAAAUGGUUACAAAGCUGGUGCUUUGAAAGAAGGCAUGAAACGAAGCUAUGUCCAAGACUGCGACUACGUAGCCAUUUUCGACGCAGAUUUCCAGCCCGAACCAGACUUUCUAUGGCGAACCAUUCCUUUUCUCGUUCACAACCCUGAAUUGGGUUUGGUUCAGGCUCGUUGGAAGUUUGUGAACUCAGAUGAGUGCUUGAUGACAAGAAUGCAAGAAAUGUCGUUGGAUUACCAUUUCACUGUGGAGCAAGAAGUGGGCUCCUCCACCUAUGCCUUUUUUGGAUUCAAUGGCACAGCUGGUGUUUGGAGAAUUGCUGCACUGAAUGAGGCAGGAGGAUGGAAGGACAGGACCACAGUGGAAGACAUGGAUUUAGCUGUUCGAGCUAGUCUUAAAGGGUGGAAAUUUGUGUACCUUAGUCAUCUUAAGGUUAAAAAUGAAUUGCCUAGUACUUUAAAGGCCUACCGUUAUCAACAACACCGUUGGUCUUGUGGUCCAGCCAAUCUUUUCAAAAAAAUGGCUAUGGAGAUAAUAAAGAACAAGAAAGUUACAACGUGGAAGAAGGUGCAUGUUAUUUACAGUUUCUUCUUUGUGAGGAAGAUUGUGGCACAUAUCAUUACAUUCAUCUUUUACUGCGUCGUUUUGCCUGCAACUGUUAUUGUGCCUGAAGUUCAAGUUCCUAAAUGGGGAGCUGUCUAUAUUCCUUCAAUCAUUACCCUUCUUAAUGCAGUUGGAACUCCAAGGUCACUUCAUUUACUGGUUUUCUGGAUUCUUUUUGAGAAUGUCAUGUCCUUACACCGAACUAAGGCUACUAUCAUCGGUCUUCUAGAGACAAGCAGAGUGAAUGAAUGGGUUGUCACUGAAAAACUAGGAGAUGCCCUCAAAGGAAAAGGAUCAAAAACACCAAAAAAACCUCGAUUCAAGAUUGGAGAAAGGCUCCAUUUGCUAGAGCUUGGAGUGGGAGUUUACCUUUUCUUCUGUGGCUGUUAUGAUGUUCUCUUUGGCAAGAACCACUUCUUCAUUUACCUUUUCGUACAAGCAAUAGCCUUUUUCAUCAUGGGGUUUGGAUAUGUUGGCACCUUUGUUCCAAACUCUCAAUAGGGAACCCAGUAAGAAGACCAAUGAUCAAGUUUCCUCUGAUCUCUCUCUCUUAGCCAUGUGCCUUCAAAAUCAUACUUUUCUUCACCGACAUAAUAUCUGUUUUUGAAAAAAAUUGUGAGUUGUCUCCUACUAUAGAUUGUAAAAAAAGGGGGAAAAAGAAAAAAAAAUUGUCAUUCUUUUCAAGUUCGUCAUAAAAUUUCGAGCAAGUGAACUCGAAGAUAUGUUAGUUCUAUUGUGAAUAUUCAAGAAAAGUAACGAAAACACAAAGGAAAUGUUGUAUGGAAUGAAGCACAUAGAGGGGAAAAAAAGAUCAAGUGAAGUAAGCUUCUGAGCUUGACCACCCAAAUAGGUUCAAGCUAUUUGAAUGAAUUGCUUGUAAUUGUGAAAUUUUGUAGUUUUGUCCGUCUUUCCUUGGAAUUUGUUUGGAAAAAAAAUAGAGUAAGAAAUGGGAUAAAGUUUACAGUUA